AUGGGCUACGAUCUGGCUCCCUUAAUUUUUGGAUCCGUUCCGUCUUCCUCUACGCUCUGUAGGUACAUCGUCGGAUCAACGGCGAGUCACGGGCUCUCGAAAAUCUUGGAAUACUGCAAUGACAAGGCCGCGAAGUCACAGCCCCAAGAGUUCAUGUCUGAGCUAUUGGCUAUUGGUAAGCAGCAAUUCCAAAAGAAGUAUCCAGGAGACAAAGAGUAUGCGAGUGGCAGGCGCGAUCCUUGCGACUUUCACGAGCAUGCCAAGCGUGAAGAGAUGCGGCUAUGCGAUUCGGUCUACAUGAGAGGACAAUUUUACAUUGACGCUCUUAUCUCAGCAUGUAUGGGAGUCGUUGAUGCGCAGUCCUCGAACUGA